UUUUCAGAACGAAGUGUGAUGAUCUACCAGAAGAAGAACAAAUAUCCGCUGAAUUGAAAGAGCUGUUUCCAGAUUAUCAUACCACCGAUUUUUCAGAAUUUCAGAAAACUUUAGACUCGACAGAAUCUACGGCUCCAGUUGAAGAGACGAUCAAAGAAACUGUUACUUACGAAGACCUAAAGUUUGUGAUGAAUCUUCAUACAAUGCUUGUGAAAAGUUUCACGAAGACUGAAUGGUUGAAUCCUGAUAAGGAUAAUAGUAUCAGCCAUGAUUUCUUACUUCCUCUAUUACAGAAACAGAAAGUUUUCGCGAAGAUUCUGGAUAAAACCCAUCAUGCAUUAGACUAUAAGCUAGAUGCAGAAGUUUUUGGAUGCAUGAACGUUGUAUUGGCUGUUACUCAGAGAUACGGAGAUAGCUGUAAAAUUUCUGAUGUUACGUCGCCAACAAAAAUAAUGAAUAAGAAAAGCAGCGAUUUCUAUAAAGACCCGAAUCAAGAAGAAGUUAAAUCUUGCUAUCACAUCUUGGAAGACUUGAAAAGGAAGAUCCUUGAAAUAUUACAUGAGUGGCCAGAUCAACCCACUUUACGAGAUAUUAUAACUGUCAUUGAGAGGAUAUACACCUUUGAUAUAAACAGCCCUGUUUCGAGGUUUCUCACGGGUUUCGAGAUAUUACUGAGCAAAUGUCAUGAAUGGGAAGAAGUGGCGCAUUCUGGUGUCAGCCUCAGUGAGUUUUCCAAAAACCUAACUGAACAAAUUAUCACAUGGAGGAAGUUGGAGCUGAAUAUGUGGAAGGACCUUUUGAACAAGACUUAUGACAAGAUGAACGAAUUUACUGCCAAAUGGUGGCUCUACCUAUACAAUAUUUGCGAUCAAUUCAUCACCAAGUCGAUUUCCGAAACUGACUUGAUUCAAACCUUGCAAAGUUUCAUCACAAAAUCAAACUUGGCGGAAUUCCACAGCAGACUAGACCUGCUUUACGUCUUUCAUUGUCACGCAACUCAAUUGCCCAGAUCGCAAGAAAUGCAAACACUUGUCAGCAUUUUCUGGAACUUGUACUGCUAUUUUAAACAAUAUUCUCAAGUAAUAACCAAUAAAAUAAAAGAUGUGAGGACGCCCAUAGAGAAAAAGCUGAAAGAUUACGUGAAAAUAGUGAGGUGGAAAGAUAUUAAUUACUGGUCUAUCAAGGAGACGAUUGAUAAAUCCCACAGGACGCUGUAUAAGCACAUGCGGGAAUUCAGGGAUGCUCUUCAACAGCCGGUUAUGCCAUAUCUGCAUAACCUGGAAUGUGGUACGAGGGAAACUGAAGGAAUUUGGGAUAGACCGCAAAGGCAAAGUCCGUCGAUUCAUCAUUAUACACUGGAUGCGGAUAUAUAUGUCGCGAAACACUCGUUGGCAAGGAAAAUUCAGGUGACUGAAGAGGGAACUUUGAGCAAGGCUGAAUCUUAUUUCCUAAAAUCGAGGAAACUCUGCAACGAAACAAUUCUUGCCACAGAGUACCCAGCUUUGGUCCAAAGUUUAGAUGGCUUUGUAACUGAAGUCAUAGAGGCAAAUACUCAUCUCCAAAAUUUAGAGGUCGACAAAUCUUUGCCUAAAGAAAAGCAAGUAUCGCAAGCAAAAAGUAUCCUACAGCAAAAACAUAGAGCUUUGGCAGAUCUGUUCAAAAACCUGAACAAAAUCGGCCUCUCGUACAAAACUGGAAUUUUGGAAAGCAAGUUGAAGAAACCGUUAGACGACUUCCUCCAUAGGCCGAUCGAUCUCAACACAAACUUCAGCCAUAUAAACCAUGGGCGACAGGAAGAAAAGAUGUUAACUAUAUGGAAUUGCUGCGAAAUGUACUACAUGAGAUCGCAAAUGAGAAUUGAUGUGUUGGAAACAGCUCUUCAAAAUCCUUCCAAAGAACUAGGCCCUCAAAACAUAGAAAGAUGUAAAGGAUUUAGCGCUCAUCUAUUAGCUCUAGCUCAACAUCAAAAGCAGCAACUGACACAAUCUAGCAGACUGUACUACUACUUACGGUACUAUUUAUUACAAAUGAAUGAAUUCUGUGAAGGAAAUGAUUUUUUACAUAUUGAAUUAACUAAUAACAUAACGACAUUUAUGAAAAACGCGACGGUGAUCUUGAAUCAGUAUAAAAUCAUUCUAAACACUUGCCCUUCAGAAGACGAUUUCACUAGUAGUAGUAAGAUGGAAAUACCUGUAUUGAAGUUCGGUGGUAAAGAAGCGAUCUAUAAUAAAGAUAGCACCUGUUGGUCUGAAACUGUGGCACUGAUCAACGAAUUACUAGCAGUUUGCAGAAAAAUAAGCGGGAUCUUGCAAAAGUGCAAAAAGUCGGCACCAGCAGUGGAGUACGACUUGGUCGUACCCGAAUUCAUACCAGUGCCAGAUCUUAACGAGAUAUUGAAAAAUCUAGAUAGUAUUAAAGAUGGUAUUGGACAUUUGAAAGAAAUCUUCGACAAUAACUCUACAACUAACAGUCUCACUUGGCUGCUAAAAGAAGUUAACAGAAUCCUAGAACAGUGUAAGGAAAGUAAAUCUUUGGACAUCAAUUUUGAAAAUGUAAGAAACGUUCAGAGAAAUUGACCGAGGCAGUGCUUGUGGUCAUACAAAAUAUGUAUAAAAAGUAUUCUGCUGUGGAGAAAGUUGAAAAGAACAAAGAUACGGAAGAUGAACCAGUGGAGCUAAGAGAUGAAAAUUUGAAGAAGCUUUUGGUUGAAAAUCUCGUCUCGGAUAUAUCUAGUUUAGAAAUGAAAAAAAUUCUUGCAAGGACCCAUAAACUAGCUAAAAUCGUGUUAUCUACUCCACCUCAAUAUACAGAACAAGUAAAGAAGGUCGCGAACCAGUCCCUACCUCUACUAGAACAACUUACUCAAUUUUACCAGUAUUUUAUAACACAACAAGUGGCUACAUACAGAGUUACUUGCAAGAUGAUGUCUAUAUUGCUAAACAUCUUCAUUGAACUUGCAUCGAAGGGUUUUUUGCACACCACCAGAGCUUUCUGAUGAAAUGGACAAAGAAGGUGUGAGCAAGCCGUCUGAUGGAAUGGGCUUAGGAGAAGGUCAAGGAGAAAGAGAUGUUUCCGAUAAAAUAGAAUCAGAAGACCAGCUGGAAGAUGCUCAACCUGCUGGGCAAGAGAAGAAACUGGAAGAAGAUCAGGAAUGCAAAGAGGAAGAGAAAGGUAUAGAAAUGAGUGAGGAUUUCGGAGGCAAGAUGCAGGACGUGGAUAAAAAAGGAGAAGAAGAUGACAGUGAGAAGAGCUCUGAUGAUGACGAAGAUGCUGAUGAACAAAUGGGCGAAACAGAAAAAGGCGCUGAUCAACUGGAUCAGGAGAUUUGGGGAGAUGAUAAGGAAGAGGAAGAUGAUGAUCAAGAGUCCCAAGAGGAGGAAAAGGGUGAUAAGGGCGAGAAAGAAGGUGAAAGUCAGCUAGGUGCUAAAGAACAAAAUCCAUCAAAAGACCAACAAGAAAAAGACGAUGAUGAAAGCCCCGAAGCAAAAGAUAAGAGUAAGAAAGACAUAAAUGAAAUGGAAGAACCAGAGUUGGAUGAUGAUCAAGUGGAUCCACACCAUGGUAACCAAAAGGAAUUACCGGAGCCUGAACCAAUGGAUCUUCCAGAUGAUCUUCAGUUGGACGAGGGUCAGCAAGAUGAUAAACAGGAAGAACAGGAGGACAACCCGUUUGAUGUGGAUGCAAUGAAAGAACAAAACAUGCCUGAAGAACAAAAAGAAGAUGAUGCUGACAAACCUGACGAGGAAUUAAAAGACAAAAAUGAUGAAGCUGAAGAGUUUAGCAGUGACGAUGAAGAUAUCAAGAAAGGUGAUCAAGAUACCGAGGAAAUGGAGCAAACAGAAGAAAGUGAGAAGAAAGAUAGUGAAGACAAAGGAAACCAGGAAGCAGAUAACGCAGAAAAAGAUGAUGAAACAGAAAAUACCGAUGAUACAGCUUUGGAUCAAACACAGAGCCAUCAGGAUAAUGUUGAAGCUAUGGAAACAGACGAAGCUAAUGCAGCUGAUAAGACUGAGGCAACACAGUCCGAUGUGCAACAACCAAAUACAGCCACAGAUGUCCAACAAGAAGAUAAACCAGAUAAAGAUGGAGCAGGUCAGGCUCAGAUGGAAGAAAGCACCACAGGUCAUUCCGCCUCUACCAGCGCUCCCCAAGAUACGAAGUCGUCAAAGAGAGAGGCUGAAGAAGAAACUAAACAAAAGCCAGGAGAUUCCGAUUCUCAAAGGACUCUUGGGGAUGUUGAUCAACCGGUCAGAAAAAAAUUGAAGACGGUUGAAUCUAAAAAUAGUAAAGAGCAAGAGCCGAAGGACGUUGAAGAUGAUGCGGAACAGACCGCUGAAAUGUAUGAGCAUAUCAAAGAGGGACAGGAAUCCAAAAUUCAGAUUCUGGAUAUCGCUACAAAGGAGCAAGCAGAAUCUCAGAAAAUAGAAGCUCAACAUAAAGAUGAGGAGGUAGUUGAAGAAGAGGUUGCAGACUCAUCUGAGCAGAUUCCUGAGGAGCAAGUAGAGGAAAUGGAAAUAAGCGAUGUUCCUAAAGAACAUGCUGAAAAAGUUGAGGAAGCAAAGGAGAAACAGGGCAAGAAAGGACAACAUCCAGAAGGCGACGUUCUGGAAGAAACUAAAGAAAUCCAGGUAGAAGGCGAAGUAGUUCAAACGACCACAGUCCCUCGACCUACGGAAACUACCCACCACACCUCCUUCGCAGACAUAUCCGCCACCACUGCUUCCAGGUUGACCAUGGCGGAGAUGGUAGCCGUCCGGGGAGAAGUUGAACAACAGCUGGCAGCUUGGAGUGAUCCUCCAAGCUGUGCGGAAGCUGAACGAGCUUGGCAGAAAAUAUCAUCGGUCACUGGAGGCCUGGCACAGGAACUGUCUGAACAGUUGAGACUGGUGCUAGAACCCACUUUGGCCAGCAGGUUGAAGGGUGAUUUCAGGACGGGCAGGAGGAUCAACAUGAGGAAGGUGAUACCGUACAUCGCUUCCCAAUUCAGAAAAGACAAGAUUUGGCUCAGAAGAACGAAACCAUCAAAAAGAGACUACCAGAUCGUGAUAGCCAUUGAUGACUCUUCCAGUAUGGCGGACAACCACUCUAGGGAAUUAGCUUUUGAAAGUGUUGCACUUAUUUCGAAAGCACUCACGCUGCUUGAGAGUGGACAACUUUCUGUUGUCAGUUUUGGUGAAAGAGUAGAGGUGAUCCACAAACUGACGGAACAGUUUACUGAUCGCAGUGGUACAAAGCUACUACAGAAAUUCAGGUUCGACGAGACAAAAACCAAUGUGGGGAAGCUAGUGGAUUUCGUCACAGAGAUGUUCAACCAAUCGCAGAAGCAGACCGCAGCUGUCAACGCGAAGCUCCUAGUGAUUGUUAGUGAUGGCAGGGGUGUGUUUUCAGAAGGCGAGACUUACGUCCGACAAGCUGUGAGAAGAGCCAAGUUGGCCGACAUAUUUGCGGUGUUCGUCAUUGUUGACAAUCCGGAGAACAAAAGCUCUGUAUUGGAUAUAAGGAUGCCGUUGUUUAAAGAUGGGAAGUUAUUGGGAAUAUUAAGCUAUAUGGACUUCUUCCCUUUCUCCUUUUAUAUUAUCUUGAGGGAUAUUAAUUCCUUGCCAAAUGUGUUAAGUGAUGCACUUAGGCAGUGGUUUGAAAUUGUGUCAAAUGUAGAUAAGUGAAUGAUUGUACCGAUAAGGUCGUAAUUAAUAAAGUAUACUAUUAUUCUAA